CGGAGUCCGUUGCAGCUCCCAACUACACUAACUAGUGCUACUCUCUGUUAACUAACUAACUAACUGUUUACUGUUGCUUCCAUCGUGUGUUAUCUCUCUAGCUGAACUUAACUCUUGCUAGCUUCACUUAGUUUAUAUUUUAUGCUAUUUUUAAAAGCAAUACACGCGUCUACAACGUACUCAGCAUUACUCAUACGCGCUGUUUAACAGCAGAACUUGAAAGCAAAUUCAGACUAUAUACAUACUAUAUCGGAAGCAAAGAAAAUCACAAAGUCUGCUAUAAAUACUAUAUUGAACAAUAAGAGCUAUAGCAAUGGAUCACAAGGCGAUCGCAAGUCAAGUGCGAGGUGAGCUAAACCUACGCACUGCAUUCGAUCUACUGGAUAGAAAUCGAGAUGGACGUGUUACGGCAAAUGAGCUGCAGUUUAUGCUGAAGAAUCUUGGCAUUAAUGUGCGUGAUGAAAUCAUACAUGAUCUUAUACGUGAGGCCAGCCAUUCAGAAAGCGGUUUAAUCAACGAGGCCGAGUUCUUGCAAUGGGUGGGCAGAAUCCAAGCGCUGCGCGACGAGCAGCAACAACAGCAGCCGGACGAGAAUGCCAGCAAUAGCAAAGUCGUGGAUGAAGCCGAUGAUGUCACCGAAGACUUAAUAGCCGCAUUUAGAGUAUUCGAUCGAGAUGGCAAUGGGUUUAUAACGCGAGACGAGCUGCAAACCGCCAUGGAAAUGAUUGGCGAGCCUUUGAACGAGCAGCAGCUGGAGCAGCUAUUGGUCAUAGCCGAUUUGGAUCAGGAUGGACGCAUCAAUUACGAGGAAUUUACGCGACUUCUGCUCUAAGUCAACAGCAGCAGCGAACUCGGGCAAAGUUAAGAAUAGCUACAAUUUAAUUGUUAAGCGUUUAUUAACAUACUCAGACACAAAGAAGGAAGCUUAAGUGGCGUUAAUUAACGUUUCGUAAGAAAGCUGAGAGGAAAUCUGCAAGGACUACGCUAAUCAGUUAUCACAACGCAUUAUAUUUCACUUUCAGUUGAGCCCUUGAGCAACCAAUGAACUGUACAAAGUUCACACACACAUACACACACACAAACACUCAGUCUCACAUACACAUGAACACAACAAGCACACAUGCUUAUAUGUAAAUUAGUUUUUAAUUCAUAUGAAUUUAUGAUUAUAAGUUAAGCAUGCGGCAGUUUGUACGUUUCGGCUACAAUUUUAAAUAAUUCGUAAAUUAAAUUAACUAAAAUUUAAUAAAGAAAAGCGAACAUUACAUAUAUACAUAUAUGCAUAUUCGGAUAAGUCUGAGCGCGUGAGUGAUAUUGUGUUUAGGGUGCUGCAACAAAAAAUUAUAAUAAAAAAGAGCAGAGUAAAAAAUUUAAUUCUUGCAUAUAUGU